AUGGGUACUGUGAGAUUGUUUCUAAAGGUUGCGGCUGGAAACAAUUGGCCAGUUUAUCAGAUGGAUGUUCACAACGCUUUCUUGCACGGUGAUCUCCAAGAGGAGGUCUACAUGAAGCCACCUCCUGGUUUCUUUCCAGAGGGAGACACUAGAGUCUGUCGUCUGCGUAAAUCGAUAUAUGGGCUCAAGCAAGCUUCUAGGUGCUGGUUUGCAAAGCUCACCACUUCACUUCGAGAAUACGGGUUUCAGCAAACUCAUGCUGACUACUCACUGUUCACGUUUGACAGAAACGGAAUCAAGAUCAGAAUGCUCAUUUAUGUUGAUGACAUGAUUUUGACGGGAAACAAUGAAAAGGCGUUGCAGGAUUUUAAAACCUAUCUCUCCUCUUGUUUCAAGAUGAAGGAUCUUGGACAUUUGAAAUACUUUCUGGGCAUUGAGGUUGCAAGGAAUACAUCAGGAUUCUACUUGAGCCAACGCAAAUACGCUUUGGACAUCAUUGCUGAAACAGGGCUCCUUGCUGCCAAACCAGCGCCAUUUCCAUUAGAGGAGAAUCACAACUUGGCUCUCUCGACUUCCCUCCUCCUUUCCGAUCCAGCACCGUAUCGUCGCUUAGUGGGACGUUUCAUCUAUUUGGCUGCUACACAACCUGACCUUGCUUUCUGUGUUCAUAUUUUGACACAAUUUAUGCAAGCGCCUCGUGAAGAUCAUUGGCACGCUGCAUUACGCGUUGUCCGCUAUAUCAAAGGUACUCCUGGUCAAGGAAUCUUAUUGAGUGCUGACCAUGAUUUCCAAAUCAAUGGUUGGUGCGACUCUGGCUAUUCAAGUUGUCCAAUCACUCGUCGUUCAGUCACAGGUUAUUUCGUUCAACUCGGAGAGUCUCCCAUUUCAUGGAAAACGAAGAAACAAUCCACAGUCAGCAAAUCUUCAGCGGAGGCUGAAUAUAGGGCCAUGGCAUAUCUCAGAGAUGAGUUACUUUGGAUUAAAAACGUUCUCCAAUCUCUUGGUGUCUCACAUGCUCAACCCAUGCGCAUUCAUUGUGAUAGCAAGGCUGCGAUUCACAUAAGUUCCAACCCGGUGUUUCACGAGCGUACGAAGCACAUCGAAAAUGACUGUCAUGCCGUUCGUGAUGAGAUUCAGAGUGGCAACAUGUCGACUCAUCAUGUUCCAUCUGCACAUCAACUGGCGGAUAUCUUUACCAAACCACUUGGUCGACGUGCGUAUGAGUCAUUUCGGGGCAAGUUGGGCAUCCUCGACCUGCAUGCUCCAACUUGA